AUGUCCAAGAAGCAGGAGGUUAAGGCGUACGGCCCGAACGUGAAGAAGGGCGACCUCGUUUACGGCGUCGUGCACAUCUUCGCCUCCUUCAAUGACACGUUUGUGCACGUGACGGACAUGUCCGGCCGCGAAACGUACGUGAAGGUUACCGGUGGCAUGAAGGUGAAGGCCGAUCGCGAUGAGUCUUCCCCCUACGCUGCGAUGAUGGCCGCCCAGGACGUCGUGGCGCGCUGCAAGGAGUGCGGAAUCAACGCCCUGCACGUCAAGAUGCGCGCCGUCGGUGGUGUGCGCACCAAGUCCCCUGGCCCUGGCGCCCAGGCCGCCCUCCGCGCGCUCGCCCGCGCCGGGAUGAAGAUUGGCCGCAUCGAGGAUGUCACCCCGAUCCCGACCGACUCCACCCGCCGCAAGGGUUCCCGCCGUGGUCGCCGCCUAUAA